GUAGAAGGAGAUCGAGACCCAUUACCCACUUUCUUCGGCUGUCUCAGUCUCUGAACUUGUUCGCUGUUCUUCUUCUCAAUUCAGUUCAAAAUCGCUCUCCUCUUAGCUUCAAUUUAAUGUAAAGUUGGAAGCUUUUACUGCGAUCCUGUUACAAUUUUCGCCAAGAUUCGAACUUUCUCUCAUGGAGGUAGACGUAGCUGGAGCUCACAACCCCCAAAAGGACCGCUUCCGCCGGUCAGCAGCGGGGCUUAAAUCGAUAGCGAUCCUGAACUAAUCGCGAAACCUCGCAGUAUUGGAAUUCGAUCACCGGCCGAUGGCUUCAGCUCCUCCUUCGCGAUUCGCCAAUACCAUUCGUGUUAGGGCUUUCCGUUGAAUUUUGAUGAAAGAUUCAUUCUUUUGAGCAAACUGACCUCGAUCAAAUCGGUACCAAAUUCUCAUCUCACUGACCUAAUUGCAGCAUGUAAACCUUAACCUCUGGAAUUCGAGUCCAAUCAAUGGCCAAUUCGGCCGAACCCUCAGCUUCACUGAGCUUCACCUCCUCCUCUUACCUCUCCAAUGGCUCCUCAGCUCCUCCUGCUCCAACUGAGCAAUCCACCAACCUCGAAAUCGUCAGCCUUUCUAAACUCAGCAGCAAUCUGGAGCGCCUCCUCGUUGACUCCGAUUUCGACUGCACCGACGCCGACAUCGUAGUCGAAGGCGUUGAUAUUGGUAUUCAUCGGUGCAUCUUGGCGGCAAGAAGCAAGUUUUUUCGCGAUACUUUCGCGGGAGGGGGGAACAGUGAGGGGAAGAGGCCAAAGUAUUGUAUGAACGAGUUGUUGCCUGACGGUGGGAGGGUUGGGAAAGAGGCUUUCAUGAUAUUUUUGGGGUAUUUGUAUACUGGUAGAUUGAAGCAGUCGCCACCCGAGGUUUCGACGUGUGUGGACCCUUCGUGUGCUCAUGAUGCUUGUCGACCUGCUGUGAGUUUUGUGGUGGAGCUGAUGUAUGCUUCUUGGAUGUUUCAGAUUCCGGAGCUGGUGUCGCUCUUUCAGCGUCGCCUUAGCAACUUUGUUGACAAGGCUCUUGUGGAAGAUGUUAUCCCUAUCCUUCUGGUCGCCUUCCACUCUCAGCUCAAUCAGUUGCUCAGUCGCUGUAUCCAAAGAGUAGCAAGGUCCAAUUUUGAUAAUAUAUCUCUUGAGAAGGAGCUCCCUCAUGAAGCUGUUCAAGAAAUCAAAGCAAUACGGAAAAAGUCCCAGGCUGAUGAUUCCAUUGUUCCGGAUAUGGACCCUGUCCUAGAAAAAGGAAUUAAAAGAAUUCACAGGGCUCUCGAUUCAGAUGACGUUGAGCUUGUGAAGUUGCUGCUAACUGAAUCUCAUGUCACUUUGGAUGAUGCCACUGCUCUUCACUAUGCGGCUGCUUACUGUGAUUCCAAAGUAGUUGCAGAAAUAUUGGAGCUAGGACUUGCCAAUGUAAAUCUUAGGAAUAACAGAGGAUAUACCCCUCUCCAUGUUGCUGCGAUGAGAAGAGAGCCAGCUGUUAUAGUUUCCCUUCUUGACAAAGGUGCAUCUGCAUCAGAAUUGACAAGUGAUAGCCAAAGUGCUGUCAGCAUUUGUAGGAGACUUACUAGGGCUAAAGACUAUAACACAAAGACCAUGCAGGGUCAAGAGUCAAAUAAAGAUCGAAUAUGCAUUGAUCUACUUGAGAGAGAGAUCAGGAGGAAUCCAUUAUCUGGGAAUGAGUUUACAGCUUCACCGUUUUUAGCGGAUGAUGUGCAUGCAAACCUUAUAUACCUUGAAAACAGAGUUGCAUUUGCGAGAAUUUUCUUCCCGGCUGAAGCAAAGCUAGCCAUGAAAAUUGCACAAGCAGAGGCGACAUCCGAAUUUGCAGGUCUUGCAGCUUCAAGGAGUUCUGGUAACCUGAGGGAGGUUGAUCUCAACGAAACACCUUCAGUGCAAAAUAAAAGGUUACGGUCAAGGGUUGAUGCUCUCAUGAAGACAGUGGGGCUGGGCCAUCGUUAUUUCCCACAUUGCUCCAAAGUGCUCGACAAAUUCUUGGAGGACGACCAUCCUGACUUGUUCUUCCUCCAAAAGGGCACUCCGGAUGAGCAAAGGAUCAAAAGGAUGCGCUUCUGCGAGCUCAAAGACGACGUUCUUAAGGCUUUCAGAAAAGAUAAGGCCGUAAGUGGACGCUCUGGUUUGGCUUCAUCCUCGUCCUCAUCUUCGUCACAGAAGGGCGAAGGCAAGCAACACAAAUCUACAAGAAAAUAAUGUGAAGUUGUUUGUGUAAUGUUAUGUACAAUAGAUGUCAAGAUGAUAGGAGAGGGGUAUAGGACUAUAUAGGCUGUAAUUUUGACAUGUUUUGUUUAUAUGGAUUUGAGAUACACUGGGAAGAUUAUGGACAUUGGGGGAUGACAAAAUGGGUUCUUACGCUUUACUGUUGCUUCCAAUA